AUGGACAAGACGGUCCCCGAAAAUAAAGAAAAUGAAAGUAGCAACCCUCCAAAAUUCAUGUUACCAUCAAUUUCAUCAAUUUCUAAUUUACCAAACUCUCCUCUGAAUACAUUUCAACAAAUUAAUAAACAUGAGAGUGCGGACUCUAUUCUCCGUGGAAGUUCUUCCUCACAAACAACCUUUCCUGUUAAAGUUUCUCCUUUAAAUGCAAGAAAUAUUCCACCUUUUAAUCAAAAGAAUAAUUUUGGAAUGUCAAUAAAACAAGAAAGCAAUACUUCAACUCCUAAUUUCUAUUUACCUAAACCUUCAAUUACUUAUGAUUUGAUGAACUCACCAUAUACCACUACUUAUUGGCCAGCAUAUUAUUCUGAAUACUAUCAAUCUAACAAGAAUAUCAACGGUUCAAUAGGACCACAAUAUAACAUAUCAACAUGGUCUGCCAAUGAUAAUAUAUCAAUUUACAAUAAUAGCAGACAAGAAUAUUUAAGGAGCUCAAUUCCUGCACGUCCAUUUGCUUCAUAUCUUAAUGAUAAUAAACAACUACCAUCUCUUACGUCAAAUUUACAUUCAAUCCUUAAUUCUUCACCGUCAUCUCAUCAUUUGAGUUAUAAUUCCGCUUUUACUAAAGUACGAAGAAGAUCGGACUUGAAAGAUGAUCUAAUUUCAAAUCUUGAAAGUGACAAUAAUUUAUUGGAGAUAGAGGGUAUAAAGGUACAACGUGCGAUUAUUAAAUCUCAAGGUGAUGAGAAUUCUUUUACUCAUGAAAAUAUUGAUCCAGUUCUAUUAAACAUUCAUAUGGAAGAAACCGUAAAGAAAAAAGAUUACAAUGGGACACCAUCUUCAACACCUGAUACUAGUUGUAAAAUCGAAAGUAGUAAAGAUAAGAAGAAAAGUCGUUCUAAUUGGAGUAGAAAGGAAACUAGGUCAUUGAUCACUGCUGUUAAAUCCAAACACAAAUUAUUAUUAGCGGCACAACGUAAUGCCGAGAAAUCACGGAUUUGGAGUGAUAUGUUCUCGGAUCAUUGUACAAGAUAUUCAGGAAGGACCUUGAAAGCUUUUAAAUUGAGGUGGGCACGAUUGGUUGCCGAUUAUAAUUCGGUACACGAAUGUAUUAAAACAGGGGUUGAACCCAUGGACUUUGAUUUUUAUGAUGAGAUGAAAGAAAUAUUUGGCGAUGAUUUCGUCGCAGAUAGUAAUAUUAUAUCGACCGACAUCACAGAUGAAUGUUUGGUACCUGUAUUGAAGAUGUUAAAACGGAGGUUGGAUGAAAAUGAAACAUCACAGACCGACACCUCCGAGGAAUAUUUAGAGGAUCAAUCAUUAGCACCACAAUCAUCAUUACACUCACCUUCACCACCAAGAUUCUAUGAGCCUAAUGACGAAGAAGCAUCUUUGGUUCAAUUAUCAAAAAGAAUCAGGGUUGAUAAAGACGUAAAAACUGUACUUAAAGAAGUUGAAAUCACCCAACGUAAAUGUGAAAAGAUAAUUGAACAAUUGAAAGAUAUCACCAAAUAA